UUUUAUGGGUAUGGCACACAAUCAUCUCAAUGUUGGGCUGCUAUCUCUCGUGGGCCUACAGUCCUGACAUGUCGCGAUGCUACAUACCUUGCCAUCCCAGUGCCAUUGUCGUGCCUCGAUAAUCACCCACUACGGAACUAUGAAUCAGUUUCUAUUACUUCGACAGUAUAUCUCAGCGCUCGCGAGACGUCGAGGGUCAUCUUGAAUUUGAUAUCGUGGUUGCAAACGACGGAAUACAAAUACUCUCACUCCGCACUUGACACCCUCCCUCAACCACCCAUCGCCCAAAGCUUUCGGAUCUCGUCCACCUACCUGUCGGAUACCUUGCUUCACGGCACACUUCUUUAUACUAUUCACUUGAGUCAAGCGCCGGACAUCAUGUCUGAGGAGGCUUUGACCUUUACCCACGACGACGACGUCGGCGACGAUGAGCUGGAUCUGGACAACGAGUCUAUGUCCAGCGGCAUCGAUAAUGAAGACGACGAGGACUUUGUUCUUGAUGAGGAUGCAAACGCAGACGCAGACGAUGACAACGACUUCGCGCUUCAGGGUUACGACGACUACCGCGUCGCGACCCCUGAGCACGAUGACGAUGAUGGUGUUGAGGCUCUUGCUCCCAAGCGCUCCCGUCCUGCCUACCACAAGCGCAGCGUGCGCGCUGCUCAGCGUUCGGGACGACGUGUGACGUUCGAUGCUGAUCUGGAGGACAAUACCAUUCUCACCUUCGACGGCGACGACAGCGACAAUGACGCCGGUAGCAAGAAGAAGCCUCGUGCUAUGACUUCGCGUCUUCCCGGCACCUUUGGCCGCCGCAACCGCGACAAGGGCAGCACACUGCCUGCGUAUCACAAGAAAGUAGGCGCUGAUCUUGACUCCGACGACGAGUUGUUGCUGGAAAUGCGUGACAAUGGCUACAGCGACCGUCAGAUUGCCGAUCGUUUGGCUAUGGAGGGUCGUGUGCGUUACGACACGAAGAGCAUCGCUACUCGUGUCUACCGCCUGCGCCAGGCCCAGGCCCAACAUGUCGACUAUCUCCUCAAGGAAGGCUACGUUGAGUGGCGCGUCGAAGAUGACGAGCUCCUCAUGCGUGCCUACGACCUCGCUGAUAUCGAGAUCCGCUACGAGAUGGAGCGUCUUCGUGCCUGGCGCUUCCGCAAGGUCUCAGACUACAUCCGCCGCCUCAACAAGACCACCACCUUCUCCCCUGAAGCCUGCGCAGAGCGCUAUAUCGCACUCGUCAAGGGCACGGCCGUGAUUCCUCAGGAAGUCGACGACGAUCCGGACGCCCGUAAAAUCGAGCAACUCGAGUACGUCUCUAAGCGCGAGCACGAGCGCGAGACGGCGAUCCGCGAGCAGGAGAAACUCGAUGAAGAGAAGCGCCGGCUCCAGCACGAAGCCAAGGAAAUCAACGCAAAGAAAGCAGCCGAAGUCGCAGCCCGGCGCGAAGCAAAGGAGAACGAGCGCACCAACCGCGCCGUCAUGCGCGCCACCAAAGCGCAGCUCCGCCAGCAGCGCGCCGUGGAAAACACGCGCAAGCGCGAGGAGCGCAAGUCGCAGCUCGAAGCCAACAAGAAGCGCAUCGACCGUGAGAAGCGCACCCGCUCGCGCAUGAACGACAUCUACGGUCUCGACAAGGUCAAAAUCGUCGCCCGCCACGCCGCCGACCCCCGCAUGAGCCUGUCCAGGACCCAGAUCGCCGCCCUCUGCGAGCAGCGCCUGUUGGAUGCCGACGGCAGCAAGAAGGAUCUUCUCGACCGCAUCCAGAAGCAAGAUAAAGCCUACGACGCCAUCGAGCUCAAGGACUUGUGCUCCCAGCGCAAAAUCCCCCCCGGCGGCAACAAGUCCGUCAUGAAGUACCAACUCGCUCUCUUUGAGUCCCGCUCCUUCGACUACAACGACGCUGACGUCGACGACGACGGCGACGACGAUGAAGAAAUCGAUGGGGACGACGAGAGCGUUUCCGGUCUGCACGCCGGCUCUGCCCUGGACGAUGCGAUUCUCGACUUCGCCGACAGCGACGACGCCGACGGCAUGAGCGAUUUCGAGUAA